UAAAGGUGAACUGUCGAUUUUAUAACGAAAAAUGCAUUUUUAUAAAUAUGUAUAUUCUAAAACGAGUGGAAUCAUCAAGAGCUAUGGCAAACAAUAUUGCGAUACUAAAAAACGAUGUUUUUGUUUUCCGUAAACCGCCCGGGUAUUUCCGCCACCUACUUUGGUUGUGACGUCACAGGCACUCAACGCGCAUGACUCGGAUACACGUCCAUUGUUAUUACGAAUCGAAGCGUGAACAAAUCGCGCUUAAUGUCAAAUUUGACACUCAAUACUAUUGACAAUAGAUCUAUCAUGUUAGCAUAAUACAAUUCUUUAACACAAGUUUUAUUGAAAUCGUGUGCUUUCUCUGUAUUUUUUGCAUGACAAUCGUUAUUCGAUAUGGUUCAGUGUGUUGCUUUCGGGUGCAAAGAACGUGAGGAAAAGGGAAAGAAGGUUUUUUUUCCGUUUUGCGAAGGAUGAUGUUACUUGUAAGAAAUGGAUAAAGGCAGUAAAUUCCAGGAGCCUAUUCUAAAAGGAACCGGACCCAUAUUCAUCAUGUGUGGAAGAGUCUGUGAAGAAAUGUCUUGUGAACAGUCGCCUGUUCGGAUCAGUUAUCCUGAAUCACAUUUUGAUAAUGUGUAUUCGCAAUCAUCACAGACAUCUGAGAUGGUUGUAUUUCGGCCAACAGAACAUAAGGGAUUCACUGUCAAACCACAGGGAAAGGACUCUCCUAUCCUAAGUACAAGGCUGGACACCAUGUGGUUAAAGCAGUUAAAGAGAAUUGCACUUAUGACUAUGUUGAUGAACUAAUGGCAGAGCUGCUUAGGAUGAAAGAGGAGUACAAGAGCGAUGCCAAUGCAAGUGCUGCCUCUGGCAACAUUCUGUUUUCACCGCCACCCCUGUCUUCAUCUGCAAACAGAAUCCUGAAGUCAGAGGCUGUGCAGAACCAUCGUUCGCGAUUUAAUUAGCGAACAGGGAUGGAAAUUAGUGGUUGCCCGUUUUGUUGUAUAGUUAUCUAUUACUUUUAAAGAAAGUAUUGGUUACACAUUACACUACAUGUACAUAGUACUGGGCGCGUUGAGGCUUACGAUGGGAAACCAAAAAACUAUAGAUGGUUGUCCAUGUGGGCAACUAACUGUAAAACGUUAGUUUCCAUCCCUGGCGAAGCAAAAUCCAAUGUAUGAGUCGGACGGAAAUCUCUGGCUGCCACAGUGCAUGACGGAAGAGGUUGUCGGUCCUUCUUGCUCAGACGGUGCCAAAUCCAACGAGCCAGUCUUCUAUAUGCAAUGAAUCUGUAUACUCUGAAGUUAUAAAUGUAUAAGGAUACCAUUAUGAUAAAUAUUAGUAUGUUUAGUAAAACAAAGGUACUUUUCAACUUGACAAUUACACAAGCCAUGCUGUGGCAGAUUCUUACUUAAGUUUACAGUUUAACAAACUUAUUCAGCUUGAAUAUAAUAUUAUAUAAUAAUAUUUUACUGAAAAUAUGUCAGAAAUCAGAUUUUGUAAGCAACUUCACAUCAUGUUGUAGCAGGUUGUUAUUAUAGUGUACUUUUUAAAAAAUUAAACAGCUUGUAUUUAUAUUUUUAUUUCAAAUGUUGAAAAAUAAUAAUGAACUGGCAUUUGUAAGUAACCAAAAAUCAUUGUAUAGCAAAUUGAUACUUCAUUUUACAAUUAGAUAACCCAGUCAUCUUGUAUACCCGCGUAUUUUAAUGUUGAUUAAAAUUGUUGUCUUUUUUAUGUUAUUUAUCCACCGCCAGAGGCGGAGGGAUAUUGUUUUGGCGUUGUCCGUCCGGCCGGCACUUUUGUGUCCGGAGCCAUAUCUUGGAAGUGCUUUGGCGGAUUUCAUUGAAACUUGGUAUGAGUAUAUAUAUGCAUAAGAGGAUGAUGCACGCCAAAUGGCAUUGUACACCAUCUGUUAAAAACAGAGUUAUGGCCCUUUGUAUCUUGAAAAAUGCUUUUUACUUUAGGCACUUUUGUUUCCGGAGCCAUAUCUUGGAAGUGCUUUGGUGGAUUUCAUUGAAACUUGGUAUGAGUAUAUAUAUGCAUUAGAGGAUGAUGCACGCCAAAUGGCAUUGUAUACCAUCUGUUAAAAACAGAGUUAUGGCUCUUUGUAUCUUGAAAAAAUGCUUUUUACUGUAUGCACUUUUGUGUCCGGAGCUAUAUCUUGGAAGUGCUUUGGCAGAUUUCCUUGAAACUUGGUACGAGUAUAUAUCCCCCGCCAGAGGCGGAGGGAUAUUGUUUGGCGUUGUCCGGCUGCCCGUCUGUCCGUCACUUUUGUGUCCGGAGCCAUAUCUUGGAAGUGCUUUUGCGGAUUUCAUUGAAACUUGGUAUGAGUACAUAUAUUGAUAAUAGGUUAAUGCACGCCAAAUGGCAUUGUACACCAUCUGAUAAUAACAGAGUUAUGGCCCUUUGUAUCUUCAAAAAAAUGCUUUUUUAGUGUCAAAUAAAGCACUUUUGUGCCCAGAAGUAUAUAGGCGGGGGAUAUCAAUUCAACGAAUUUGCUUGUU